GCCGCCGCUGCCGCUGCUGCUCGGGCUGCUGCUGGCGGCCGCGGGGCCCGGCGCGGCGCGGGCCAGGGAGACGGCGUUCGUGGAGGUGGUGCUGUUCGAGUCGAGCCCAAGCGGCGACUACACCACCUACACCACCGGCCUCACGGGCCGCUUCUCGCGGGCCGGGGCCACGCUCAGCGCCGAGGGCGAGAUCGUGCAGAUGCACCCACUGGGCUUAUGUAAUAACAAUGACGAAGAGGACUUGUAUGAAUAUGGCUGGGUAGGAGUGGUGAAGCUGGAACAGCCAGAAUUGGACCCGAAACCAUGCCUCACUGUCCUAGGCAAGGCCAAGCGAGCGGUACAGCGGGGAGCUACUGCAGUCAUCUUUGAUGUGUCUGAAAACCCAGAAGCUAUUGACCAGCUGAACCAGGGCUCGGAAGACCCGCUCAAGAGGCCGGUGGUGUAUGUGAAGGGUGCAGAUGCCAUUAAGCUGAUGAACAUCGUCAACAAGCAGAAAGUGGCUCGAGCAAGGAUCCAGCACCGCCCUCCUCGACAACCCACUGAAUACUUUGACAUGGGGAUUUUCCUGGCUUUCUUCGUCGUGGUCUCCUUGGUCUGCCUCAUCCUCCUUGUCAAAAUCAAGCUGAAGCAGCGACGCAGUCAGAAUUCCAUGAACAGGCUGGCUGUGCAGGCUCUGGAGAAGAUGGAAACCAGAAAGUUCAACUCCAAGAGCAAGGGGCGCCGGGAGGGGAGCUGUGGGGCCCUGGACACACUCAGCAGCAGCUCCACGUCCGACUGUGCCAUCUGUCUGGAGAAGUACAUUGAUGGAGAGGAGCUGCGGGUCAUCCCCUGUACUCACCGGUUUCACAGGAAGUGCGUGGACCCCUGGCUGCUGCAGCACCACACCUGCCCCCACUGUCGGCACAACAUCAUAGAACAAAAGGGAAACCCAAGCACGGUGUGUGUGGAGACCAGCAACCUCUCACGUGGUCGGCAGCAGAGGGUGACCCUGCCGGUGCAUUACCCGGGCCGUGUGCACAGGACCAACGCCAUCCCAGCCUACCCUACGAGGACAAGCAUGGACUCCCAGGGCAACCCCGUCACCUUGCUGACCGUGGACCGGAACGGGGAGCAGAGCCUUUAUUCCCCGCAGACCCCCGCCUACAUCCGCAGCUACCCACCCCUCCACCUGGACCACAGCCUGGCCGCUCACCGCUGCGGCCUGGAGCACCGGGCCUACUCUCCAGCCCACCCCUUCCGCAGGCCCAAGUUGAGCGGCCGCAGCUUCUCCAAGGCAGCUUGCUUCUCCCAGUAUGAGACCAUGUACCAGCACUACUACUUCCAGGGCCUCAGCUACCCGGAGCAGGAGGGGCAGUCCCCGCCUAGCCUCACGCCCCGGGGCCCGGCCCGUGCCUUUCCUCCCAGCGCCUUUCCUCCCAGCGGCAGUGGCAGCCUGCUCUUCCCCACAGUGGUGCACGUGGCCCCGCCCUCCCACUCCCACCUGGAGAGCGGCAGCACGUCCAGCUUCAGCUGCUAUCACGGCCACCGCUCGGUGUGCAGUGGCUACCUGGCCGACUGCCCGGGCAGCGACAGCAGCAGCAGCAGCAGCUCCGGCCAGUGCCAUUGUUCCUCCAGUGACUCUGUGGUAGACUGCACUGAGGUCAGCAACCAGGGCGUGUACGGGAGCUGCUCCACCUUCCGCAGCUCCCUCAGCAGUGACUAUGACCCCUUCAUCUACCGCAGCCGGAGCCCCUGUCGUGCCAGUGAGGCGGGGGGCUCGGGCAGCUCGGGCCGGGGGCCUGCUGUGUGCUUCGAGGGCUCCCCGCCCCCCGAGGAGCUCCCGGUGGUGCACAGUCAUGGUGCUGGGCGGGGCGAGCCUUGGCCGGGCCCUGCCUCUCGCUCGGGGGAUCAGGUGUCCACCUGCAGCCUGGAGAUGAACUACAGCAGCAACUCCUCCCUGGAGCACAGGGGGCCCAAGAGCUCUACCUCAGAAGUGGGGCUCGAGGCUUCUCCUGGGGCCGCCCCGGACCUCAGGAGGACCUGGAAGGGGGGCCACGAGGGGCCGUCGUGUGCCUGCUGCUGCGAGCCCCAACCCUCCCCACCCGGACCUAGUGCCGGAGCAGCUGGCAGCAGCACCUUGCUCCUGGGGCCCCACCUUUACGAGGGCUCUGGCCCGGCGGGUGGGGAGCCCCAGUCAGGAAGCUCCCAGGGCCUGUACGGCCUUCACCCCGACCAUUUGCCCAGGACAGAUGGGGUGAAAUACGAGGGCCUGCCCUGCUGCUUCUAUGAAGAGAAGCAGGUGGCCCGCAGCGGCGGAGGGGGCAGCGGCUGCUACACUGAGGACUACUCGGUGAGUGUGCAGUACACGCUCACCGAGGAGCCCCCGCCCGGCUGCUACCCCGGGGCCCGGGACCUGAGCCAGCGCAUCCCCAUCAUUCCGGAGGAUGUGGACUGUGACCUGGGCCUACCCUCGGACUGCCAAGGGACCCACAGCCUCGGCUCCUGGGGUGGGACGCGGGGCCCGGACACCCCACGGCCCCAUAGGGGCCUGGGAGCAACCCGGGAAGAGGAGCGGGCUCUGUGCUGCCAGGCUAGGGCCCUGCUGCGGCCUGGCUGCCCUCCAGAGGAGGUGGGUGCUGCCAGGGCCAGCUUCCCUAAUGCCCUCCAGGACACUCAGGAGUCCAGCGCCACGGCCACUGAGGCUGCAGGACCGAGAUCUCGCUCAGCAGACAGCAGCAGCACCGGAGCCUGAGCUCAGGAGGAACUCUUAACCUGGAAGUGGGGAACUGUAUGGAGACUCCAAACUGACUUCCUUCAAAAAACAAAAACAAAAAAAUUUUUUAGCUUUGACAAACACACAAAAGUGGUAAUAAAGAGAGCCCUCCUUGUCAACCCAAAAUGUGAGCCCCCUGUGGCAAAACCACCCCCUACCCCAUUAACAAAUCAACAGACAAAAUUCUCCGAGUCCUUUGCCUCUUUUGAUAACAUGUUCUGUUUUGUAAAGUGUGUGUGCUUGGGGUUCUGAGGUGUGGGAUUGAGUUCUCUGCUUUUUUUUUUUUUUAAGAUAUUGUAUGUAAAUGUAAAAAGUUAUUUAAAUAUAUAUUUUAAAGAACCCUAACCGCCAACUUUUGCUGAAAAAAAAAAAAAAAAAAUCACUGCUGCAUUAAAUGAACCACAUCAUGUGUAGAUACUGUUGUCUCCCUGGAGGGAGCUCAGGCCUUUGAAAAGCUCAGGGCUUCACCUGCCUUAGAAAAUGAACCAGAAACUUGAAGUAAAGCUAGUUGAUAUGGGUACAGGCUCUGAGUGCAAAGCUGCCUCUUUCUUUCUCGUGGCAAAUGCCAAUGUAUACUAUUUCAGGUCUCAGAUGCCAUGCCCCUCCAGCCCACGCCUUUAGGCAGGUGAUGGCAGCAGCUAGGAAUAGGGUGUACAUGAUCUGCAGCCCUGCGGAGCCAGGUCGAGCGCUGCUACGAAAGCUCCAGGGUGAUGGGGACAAUUCUGCCCAGUGCCCUCAAUCUGCCCCCUCAGGUCAUGGUCCCAAGUGAAACAACAGAGUUCACAGCCCUGGUCUUGGCUGAGGUCCAGGUCAUAGUAAGGGCAUGUUCUUGGGACCCUCAACCUGAACUCUGACCCUCGGGGCAGGGAAGAGGAGGCUGUCCCCUUUGGUUGUCCUGACUUUGGAGUCCUUUGCAAAAAUGUUUUGGGCUCCCUGCCACUGGCUGCAGAAAUGGCUCGACGGGGUGUGUGGGGACAGACACCCAGAAGGAAUGUACUUUUGUGGCCUUGGUGUCCAAUGGGGCUGGGGGAGAGUGCUCUCCACUGACCCAGCGGCACACCGAUGUGCAGUGCGCAUGCGUCUGUGUGGGGGCAGCCACACCCCUCGGCUGCUGCUUCCUUGGGCUGCCUUUCUAGGGGCAUGUGCCUGGACCUACGAGGUCUGCACUGAGCUCCAUUUGAAUGAUACCUUUCCUAUCCCGUUACCCCAUGGAAGCUCUGCUUCAGGGUUAUUCAGUCCUCUGCCUCAUGGCUGAAAUUGCUCAUCUCGUCUGCAGAUGUCUACUAUCCUGUCUACCUAAUGCACUAUUAUGUAUUGAUUCUCCAUGAGACAGAGAGAGAGACUAUCAGAUAGUUUACACCCAAAGGGUAGGUUUUUGUAUAUUUUUCCAGCCUUUUUUAUUAAGGGGAAGGGGAGAGUUUAAAAGCCCAAACCGUUGUGGUUUUAAGGUGUUUCAUUUUUAAAAGGGAGAGAGAAUCUAUUUAAAGCUAUUUCAGAUCAGGGAUUGUCAUCCUUUUUGUCCAAUGUAUUCCUUGUUCUUUAAAAAAAACUUUUUUAGAGGGAACUAAUCAUAUUAGUCCUUGUGUUCACUAA